AUGGCGGACCACGCGUCGGCGACUUCCCUGAAGCGCAAGUGCCCCGACAGCGACAGCUCGUCUGAGUCGUCUCCGGCCGGCAUGUGCCCCAGCGGCUGCGGCUUCCACGGCGCCGCCGCCACCGGCAACAUGUGCUCGAAGUGCUACAAGGAGAAAGCCGUCGCCUCCGCCUACGAAACCACGGCGGCUCAGACGAGCGUCAUCGUCCCUGCCCCUGCAUCUCCCACCGCGCCGCCGGAGAAGAAGGCCAAGACCAUCGUCUCCGUCGCGUCUUCUGACGGUGCCGUGGCGUCCGUGAAGCAGCCAACGCCGGCGACGACGAACCGGUGCGCGACAUGCCGCAAGAAGGUGGGCAUGCUGGGGUUCCGCUGCCGCUGCGAGGGCACCUUCUGCAGCGUCCACCGCUACUCCGACAAGCACGACUGCGGCUUCGACUACAAGACGGCUGCCCGGGAGAAGAUUGCCAGGAACAACCCGACGGUCGUUGCCGACAAGAUCGCAACGAGGAUCUGA